AUGCCGCUGCAGCACAAGAGGCGCGGCGGCCGUCGGGCAGGGGCCUCCCGCCGGCGCCGCGACGACGACGCCGCGUCGCUGCCGGGGCUCCCCGUCGAAUCGUCGGACGAAAGCAGCAGCAGCAGUGACAGCCAGGGCGAAACGAGUUCCGGCGACCACGGCGCGUGCGCGUCGCCGUCCGGAUCCCUCGAAGAGCCGCGGAGCACCGGGCGGGCUUACGAGUGGAGGUACCACGAGAUCCUCGCCUCGCGCCUCGCCCAACUGCCUCUACCAGCCUGCGCCGACGAGGAAGGCCCCGAUCUCCCCACAGACGAAACCGUCGAAGCCCUUGUUCGUCCUUCUUUCUACGAUGAUGAGCUGCGGGCUGCUCUGGUAGAAUACCAAGCCCACAAGUUCUUCAGCGGGCCAGAUGAUGUCCUGGGAGGAGAUGGAGAUUCUGGAGAGGACUCCGGCGAUGAUAUCGCCGAGGAGGAAUUCAUCAAGUACUCCGAAGAGCUGAAGGCUCGCAGCAGUGCUGAAAUUGACACCGAGACUCGACUGAAUCAAGAGCAGUUUAGCAGGAUCCAUGUCAAGUAUGUUCGUUAUCGCAUCAAAGCUUGCCUGUUGUUGAAAGGAAAGCAUAUCGACGAGCUAGACGACGCUACAUUGGAAGAUGGUGCCUUGGGGGAUAAAGACUUAUCGCCUUACCUGGAAGAUGGUGCCUUUGGCUGGUAUUUCGACCCCGACCUCUGUUUACUUGCGUCCUUGAGCGAUUACCAGCGGCUAGUCCUUCCUAACUGUACUUGGAAUGAGUAUGAAAGCUUGAGUCAAUACAUAGCGUUUUAUCACACCCCUGAAGUUGAUAGAGAUUAUGUGCAAUACUGGGAAAAGAUGGUCAAGGAAAUUAAGUGGCUUGAAAAUCAUGUGCUUAAAGAAGAUACUCCAGAGUGGGAGCAAAUCCGUCGUAAAGGUUUGUACCAAGCAAUUAGGAUUGCUGCUGAGUUCCCCAACAUUGAUUUCAGUCUAGCAUAUUAUGGUUUCAUGGAGUAUAUAUGGAGGACUCGCUUUUAUGUCGUGUUUGUGAAAGGUCUUGACCAUGCCUAUUUUGAGAUUUGGAAGUGGGUUACUGGGCAGCAGAUGUGUUUCAGAGAUGCUCUGCAUGAAGUUUACAAUGAGAAUUUGAUUCCAUCGCGCCAACACACUUUGAAGGCCGAGCUGCAGCAACCUGGAGGCUUUUUGCAACUGGAGCGACAAUUCCACCGGUGCACAGAGGGCAUUAGUAAGGAAGUUCCGGAUUGGAUAGCCCAAGAGUUGAUUUCUCAGGAAGUUAGAUUCAAGCGCGCGUUGCCAAAGACAUAUGCGCAAUACGCAAGGAAGAAGUUGUACAGUAUCUCAUUCUUUCCUAUUUCAGCGCGCGUUGCCAAAGACAUAUGCGCAAUACGCGAGGAAGAAGCUCAAGGUUGCAGAAGCCAUAGGAUUGAUUCCGAAGGCCAAGGCCUAGAUACCGGCGUAGAUGUGUUUGUUGAUGACGUGCUUAUUAGCGGUUCCUUCUUUCGCCAUUGCCAUGUUCAUGUUGCUCCUAUGGUCAGAGCAUAAUUUGUUUUAUCUGCCUUGCUCGGAGGCUUUGGCAACUUGGAUGGAGCUGACCCCAUGGCAGAAGAAGAGCCAACCUGGAAAGCUUUUUCGGCAAAAUGGCAUGAGGAGGCUUUUGCUUAGGUUUGCAGUUCACAUGGUGUGGCCCUAAAAUCAGCUGCAGGAUUUGUCCAGAGGGCCAUGGCCACCAGAUAGAUUCCAAGCACAUGUGACCCCAAACUCAUAUCCUCCAGUGAUGAGCUCAAAACUCAAAUGCAUGCAAAUUUUGACGGAAUGAAUGGUACCCUUGUUCAAGGAUGGAAAGGGUAAAUCAUUUCAGAUAGGAUUCUAAUAUGUUGAGUCCAUGCUUCUGCUUGACUGGAAAAUACAAGCCAGUAAGUUCAGCAACUAGCUAAAUACAGUGGAGCCAGCAACCAACUAAGUGAGCCAUGUACCUUUUCAUAUUUAAGUAGUAAGUAUUCUUAAACAAGUAGCUGCAAGGUUAUUAU